AGUAUUAUUUUCACAGCUCAGAUUCCAGCUUUCUUAUUUGCCGAACAAAAAAAGCAUUUUCAUUUCGGACAAUGUCAAUUGUCAUUCGUCAAAUCCUGCACAUGACACAAAAAUAAUAAUGCAAAUAAAAAUUAUAAAAACACUUUGCAAACGCAAACAACAACAACAAAAUUCCACACCUUACCCCCAAAGUUUAUUCGUAUUCUCAUUAUAUUUAAUUUAAUUUAAUAAAUGAUACCUCACACAUUACAUUUGAUGCAAUUCUGCCCCCUCUAAAAAUAGUAGUAGUAGCAAUUUGCCGGACAGCUUCUUCAAUUUACGCCCCCCACCAUUAACUCUCUCUCUCUCUCUCUGAGAUACAGUGGAAUGCACAAGAAUCGAUUUUUUUGCAGCUCCGGAACCCAACGACGCCGGGAUCUGCGUUUCUUGAUGACUGCAACCCGACAACGGAUUUCUUUGGAUUUGUGUUGAUUGAAUCCGGUGGGAUUGACACUAAACAAGGGAAAGAGAGGUUUUGAUUUCUGUAAAAGGGCUUCAUUUUUGGGAUUCGUUGAAGAUAAAAAGAAAGGGUAGGGAAGAAAAGGGGAAUCUAUUAGUUUUAGAGAGGCAAUGUUGUCUAAGAGUGGCGACCAUCAGACAGUCCCUUUGUCCGUGUUGUUGAAGCGGGAGCUGGCGAAUGAGAAGAUCGAGAGGCCGGAGAUAACGCAUGGCCAGGCUAGUCAGAGCAAGAAAGGCGAGGACUUGACCUUUAUCAAGACUGAAUGUCAACGAGUCUUAGGCGAUGGAGUCACCACAUAUUCUGUUUUUGCGUUAUUUGAUGGUCACAAUGGAUCUGCAGCUGCAAUCUAUUCGAAGGAGAAUCUCUUGAAUAAUGUAUUGAAUGCUAUUCCACAAGAUCUUAACAGUGAAGAAUGGGUAGCGGCUUUGCCCAGGGCUUUAGUCGCAGGCUUUGUGAAGACCGACAAAGAUUUCCAGGAAAGAGCCCAAACUUCAGGAACAACGGUAACCUUUGUAAUAAUUGAGGGAUGGGUCUUAACUGUUGCUUCAGUUGGUGAUUCUCGUGGUGUGCUUGAAUCAGCUGAAGGGGCGAUAUAUUAUCUCUCAGCAGAUCAUAGACUUGAAUGCAGCGAAGAAGAGAGGGAACGGAUAACUGCAAGUGGCGGUGAAGUUGGACGGCUUAAUACCGGAGGUGGCACAGAGAUUGGUCCGUUAAGAUGUUGGCCUGGUGGCUUGUGUCUUUCACGAUCCAUUGGUGACAUGGAUGUCGGGGAGUACAUAGUUCCUGUACCUCAUGUGAAGCAAGUCAAGCUAUCAUCAACUGGUGGAAGGCUUAUCAUCUCGAGUGAUGGCGUUUGGGAUGCAUUAUCUGCAGAAACAGCUUUCGAGUGUUGUAGAGGAAUGCUACCAGAUGCUGCAGCUUCACAGAUUGUCAAAGAAGCCGUACAGGUGAAAGGGCUUCGAGAUGAUACAACGUGUAUUGUUGUAGACAUACAGCCACCCGAGAAGCACGACCCUCCGAAAGUACCCGCUAAGAAGCAAGGGAAAAGAGGCAUUAAGUCUAUGUUUCGGAAGAAGUCGUCAGAGUCGACUUCUCACCCUGACAAGGAAGAGCACAUUGAACCAGAUAUGGUGGAGGAAAUCUUUGAGGAAGGAUCAGCUUUCCUAUCGGAAAGGUUGGACUCGAAGUACCCGGUGUGCAACAUGUUCAAGCUGUUUGUAUGUGCAGUUUGCCAAGCAGAGAUAAAACCUGGAGAGGGCAUUUCAAUACACUCGGGAACCACAGAUUUGAAAAAAUUACGGCCUUGGGACGGCCCUUUCCUCUGCUCAAGCUGCCAAGAGAAGAAAGACGCCAUGGAAGGGAAAAGAGCCUCCAGAGCUUCUAGAUAUAGUAGUGGAAGUGACUAGUCGAUCUCGUUCAUGCCUCAGAAUACGAGUGUUCAAACAGAUUAUAACCAUGAAGGCCGGCCGUUGCAUGACAAGAACAACACUACUAUCUGUUGCUAUAAGCUAGUAAGGGUAAUUGGGACCCCUAUUGUGAAUAGCUAAAGAUGAAGACCGUGUUUUUAAUUUUUUUUGGGUUUGGACUUGAAGAUGAAGAUCUACGACCACUUGAUGAACAAGUGAUAAGAUUGUGAACGUCUCUUCGGCCCGCCUAAAACGAGUAAGUCUCCUUGUGUACAAUCGCCGUAGACUAGACCAGAAGAUAACUUAUUUGUUGAUCGAGUUCAUUAUUUACUCAAAAUACACCUUUUCCCCCCACAGAGCUAACAAGUGAAAAGCUAUCACCGUUGUAAUAUUUGUCUAAUAGAAUGCUUGACUAGAGUUUCUUAGGUUUUUACUCGUCUUGGACAACAUUAUUUCUUCUUGUAACAUUGUUUUAUAUUCUUUCUUCUAUGAUUAAGGAAAGCCAAACAAUGACAAUA